ACAUAAAUAUGUGCAUGUGCAGGGAGAAAAAUGUGUGUGCGAUCACUUACACAUGAUCUUCAUAUAACUUCCAUGCAUUCUCACACCCCAAAAUUUCCAGUGUGUAGGAAAAAUGGAAACAUCUAAAGCAAUCCUUUUAACACAACUUUGAACUAUUUUGCCGCAGUGCAACCCUCUCUCCCUUCUCACUCACAAAACCAUGGAUUGAUAUAAUGGAGAAACACCUUUUAUACCGCCAGUGUACCAGGUUCAAAGAGGGGCACGCAAAAAGGUGUUGCUGAUAGUAGCUGCCCAUAGGCUAUAUGACUCCUUUGACAUCCACUCCAAGACUUGCUAAGGUUUUCGCCUCUUCUGCAAUCCUUGUAAGACCUGUUUAUCUGGGCUUUUGGCAGCCAAGGUUAAACUUUGGGCUGUGAGGUUCUGAGCGUGUUUCCUCUUGCUUCAUUUAUAGACGUGCUUUGUAGUUCCGAGUUAUUCCAUCACCCUCCAUUAAUCCACCUUUAUAUUGUAACUCCACUUACCUUGUGGAAGUCCAUAUGAAGCCAAAUUUAUUUUCCUCCCUCAAAAAAGAAAUUUAAGUUUCUAGACCUCGUGGUUGCGAGGGAAGAUCAUAAUGUUUUGGGAUUUUUUGCAGGUGUAACCUUGUAAGAUCCCUCACCUCUCCCACCAAAUAGACACUGGUAAAUUCUAUCUAUUGCUGCUAACAGACAGCCUCUUGUUCAUGAAUUGUCUCAUUUACCCAUCUAAUUUCCUGCAUCUUUCUCCCUAGCUGACGUGGCAUACUAUGGCUCCUGUCUGGGUUGUACCAGGGGCCCUCACUGUGGUCCUUUUGCUUUUGGGAGGAUGCUACGCCAGUUCUGAAGGUUCUUGGUGCUAUGAUGCAUUACAAUGUGGUCCUGACACAUGGUCGUCCCUUGGUCACUGCGGUGGCAAGAGACAGUCCCCCAUCAAUAUAAUCGCUAAAGAAGUCAAAUAUAACCCCAAAUUGGGUGCCGUGACUCUCACUGGCUACGGCGACAGCAAAAAACUGCGAGAAAUUAAGAACACUGGGAAAACAGUUGACAUAGAACUGGCCAAUGGCCUGCAGCUCACUGGUCAUGGGCUUCCAGCGACAUACACAGCCAAAGCCUUUCACUUCCAUUGGGGAGAUGGCCCCUCCAAGCCAGGAUCUGAGCACUAUAUAAAUGGCGAACGGUACUCCAUGGAGUUACACAUUGUGCAUACCAAAAACAACAUGAAUGUAUCAGAUGCUGUGAAGGACCCACAAGGCAUUGCUGUGCUGGCAUUCUUUGUUGAGGCCUAUGAGAAGGCAAAGGGCAAGACAGCUGAAGCCUGGGAAUCAUUUACAAAGAACCUGGAGAAAGUUGCUGAAAAAGGUGAAGUCUCAGAUCUCGAUAGCAGCAUCUCUCUCCUGGACUUGUUGGGCUCCACGGACCUGACCCGCUAUUACCGCUAUCCUGGGUCCCUCACCACCCCUGGCUGCGAGGAGGUUGUACUCUGGACUGUCUUUGCUGACCCGAUUCUGGUGCCAGAUGAAGUGGUGCAUGCUUUUCCAUAUGCACUCCAUACUACAGAGUCCUCCAAUGGGCCUCAUAUUGAAAACAACUUCCGCCCCCUGCAGAAGAUUGGGGACCGGAAAGUGGAAUCAUCUGCUGCUUUGAAGGAAGAUGGACGUUCUGCUGCUUCUAUAGUCUCUCAGCCAGUAGAGUUCCUCCUCUUCAUUUUUGUGGCUACUCUUGCAUCUUUCUUGCCUGUGUAAGGACAGGGGUGGGUGGGCAGAACCACGUUGAAGAGGAGUUGGCAACAUCUCCAAAGAGGUCCAAGCCAGGCCAUAACUCUUCCUGUCCCCCCAGAAACUCCAGUUUACCUCCUUCUACCUCUCAACAACCAGCGUAUCCAGAACAUAAGCACUGGCAAAUGACACUGCAAGGGUAGGAGGUGCACAUUCCAGCGGGGACAGGAGCACAGAGAAGAGACUGAUGGGAGCCAGUGCUUCUAUGCCCAGUGAUGGGGAAGGAGGUGCUGUUCAAUCCCCUACUGCUAGAGCUAGAGCUGAAAUAAAACUUUCCAUUCAAAAUGAGCUGGUUUUUGACAUUUCCCAAUCUUAGAUUGUGGUUUUGUUUCUAAAUGAUAUUUGAGUUUCAAAUUCAUAUUUGGGCUUAAACUCGGUAGACCUUUCACCCAUAUUUGAACAACAAUGACACGUGCAUUUUGAUACAUUGCACAACAAAACCUAAGAUACACACAAAAAGAAGUGUGGAAAAAAUUGUUUGACAUUUUCAGUGUGGAUUUGGAGUUUCAGAUUUCUCUGUGCUAAAACUUUUAAUUUUUUUAAAAAUCAAAAUUAGUUUCAGCUCUAGUUUUAGCAGACGUUGGCAGAGGCUGUGCCUCUUCAGACUUGCUCACACAAACAUGUACAUCAUGUCAUGAGUAUAUAUGGCUCAUUCACUUACAUCUCCAACACUGUUGACACCUCAAAAGCAACACAUUUUCAGUGGAGUCUGUUCACACAUUCAGCUGCCAUUGAGGUGCCAGGUGUUGAGUGAUGCACAUGCACGUGUGAUACAACCCUUAAAUCUUUUCCCAUCAUGCUAUAAAACAGCACUUGGGAUUACAGGUUUGCAUAGUAAGAUUUCUCCUUUGCUGAAAAACUGGGACAAACAACCACUCUUUAACUACCUCACAUCCUCUCAUGAAAGUGGCAGAUUUGUUUCUUCUUGACGUUAUAAGACUUAAUUCUUCCAUAGCGGAAAGGACUUCUGUAAUCCCCUAUUAUAAAGGCCUCUAAUUCAGGGGUUCCCAACUGUGGUCCACGGAUCACCAGUGAUCCACAAGCUUCAUUCAGGUGGUUCGUGACAUGUUUGUGGAUUUGUGGUUGAAGAAUGGAGACAGGACAUCCUUUGCCUUAAAUAUUUAUAUUGAUUUUUCAUUGUAUUUUAUUGUUUCUUUUAUUUUGUCUUUUGGCUUUUAUUGUAUUACACUCGAAUUCUAUGGAAUUCACAUUGUAACUUGAUAAAAUACAAUAUAUAGGAAUUUUUAAAAGCAACAAAAAUUCCAUUAAAAAUCAUACUGUAUCUA